UUUGUAUGAGAUCGUCCGAUUAUUGUUAGACUUCAACAUUUCAAGAUGCGAUGGAGAUGACCCGGAGAUCCUUCGGGAACUGAGAUCUUAUCUUAUCAUUGCAAUUGUCGUCGACAUCGGCCCCUCCUCCGUCUUCACAGGACCGACCCUGCACAAGAGUUCUGCUCGACCAUGGGCGCAAGGAUGUCAUCCCGGAAUGUCGCACCCUCCAUCAACAAGGGAAUCCUCACAUGAAAAUGCCAUCCGCAGCACCAGCGCAAGGCGUUCGUCAGCACAACGCCCAAGACCAUAUCCGCGCCCACCUCUCCACUCUACUAGUAAGCCGGGGUGCAGACUUGCCUCGGCCCAUGUCCCAUCAGAUUACCCUCGCAAGACGAUUACCGCGCCCAAAAGCCAGCCAAAAGCUCAUCACCUUCCUCUCGUCUCCUCCACCCUCGCUAUUCAUUCGUUUGCGGUAGAGUGAAACAAGAAAAGGAACAACAUGGCCGACAGCGCAGUCACCGUCGAGUACCGCGGCAAAGUCGCCAUCAUCACGCUCAACCAGCCUAAGAAGCUGAAUGCUCUGAAUGGAGACGGGUACUAUGCGCUCGCAAAGGCCAUGCACGAGGUUGCCGCCCGGGAUGAUGUGUACAUUACCGUCCUGACUGGCAAGGGCCGGUUCUUCUCUGCCGGCGCCGACGUCUCCAUUGGCGGCCAACAACCCGACGGCGACGACACGCGCCGCUUCUGGCUCAAGAACUUCGUCUCCAACAACCUGCACAUCACCCACGCCUUCUACUCGCACCCCAAGAUCCUGGUGACUGCGCUCAACGGCCCCGCCGUCGGCCUCUCCGCCGCCCUCAUCGCCUUCUCCGACUUCAUCUACGCGGCUCCCCACGCCUUCCUGCUCACACCCUUCUCCUCCCUCGGCCUCGUCGCAGAGGGCAACGCCUCGGUGGGCUUCGUCCGCAGGCUGGGCAUUAGCAAGGCCAACGAGGCGCUCAUCAUGAGCAAGCGCAUCACUUGCGAAGAGCUCGUGCAGACGGGCUUCGUAAACAAGGUCAUUGAUGUUGGAAGCAAGGAUUCUCCCAAGUUCCUCGAGGAAGUGCUCAAGGAGGUGGAUGACCGGUUAGGCGACCACCUCAAUCCCGAGAGCUUGAUCAAGAUCAAGGCGCUGAUCCGGAAGCCCGAGAUGGAGGUUUUGGAUCGCCAGGGUGUGGCUGAGGUGCUUGGGGGGUUGGAGCGGUUCAUGAAGGGUGUGCCGCAGGAGGAGUUUAUGAAGAUUGCGAGCGGAGAGAAGAAGCACAAGCUGUAG